AUGCGGGUAGAAGGUAUUUCAUCACUCAACUGAAAUUCAUGUAAAAAGACAAGGGACCAUACCGCUAGACCACCGAGCCAAACCCAAAAUGAUCAACAACCCACCACGCCACCGUAAGCACCGACGAGGGUCGUCCAAAAUGAUGUGGAAUUCCUCGCGACAUCGUUUUUUCUCCAACUCGCCUCACCAUCGGGUCUCCCCUAAAUGCCGGCCUCAACAAGAAGAGUGGGAUAUUUUACCGAUCCACAUCUGUGCAUGGGGAAGUGAGCUUGACGGCAGGAAGAAAACAAGAUACAUUUAAGUUUCAGUUUGAACCAUUUAAUAUGUAUAUAGGAGAAAAUUUCAAUGUUCAUUUUCAUGAAAAUUUCAAUUUUUGGAAAUUCUUAGAAGAUAAUUCAACAGGCGGACUGAUACAUUCAGAUUUCAUCCCAAAUAAGAAAUUCACAGAAAUGAUGAUUUCAAAUUCUGCCAAGCGGAUCCGAGACGUGCCAAAUGCAGGCGGAAAUUCUGUUAUAUCAGAAGUGUUAUCUUUCGAGUUCCUCAAUAAGGCAUGCCAGGCUGAAUUACUGAAGACCGAGAUGGAAGUUAGUUAUUUUCCAGAAGGAGGUUCAAUAACUGACUACGUAUGUAAAAUUUUCGACAAGAAAGUGGGCGUGUCCGUAACCAGGGCAAUGAAGUACAGAGGGCAAUACACAGAAGAAGACGCCCACCAUUUACUGACUAAAAAACUAAAAGGAGUAAUUCAGUCAAGUAAAAACUCUAUGGAAAAAUGGAGCAAACAGAUUUUACACGUCUGGGUACCAAACAAACACACCGCUAACACGAUUACCAAGGUCUACAACCAGCUGUCUGCUAAUAUCCGCUCUAACACUAUCGUCAUGGUAACCAGGUCAUCUUGUUCAUCAUAUAUUUAUACGAAUGGAUGACAACACACAACGAGCUUCCAAGAAGAGUAUAAGCAACCAAAUUAUCACAAGCUAGCUCUCUUUGCCGUGUUUAUGAAUUGAGUUAAUCACUGAUUUAGUGAAACUCGGAAACAAAGAAGAACUUGGCUCGGUAUGUAGCAUUCACCAACCGAAUCAUUCGACCUCCGAAAAGAAGUUUUAUGUCGGAUUUGAAAAAAAAGUCACCAAUAAGUAUUACGGGGUGACAUGAACGAAUUCUCAAUCCUAACGUUAAUGAAAAAUACAUGACAUGUAUCAUUGUAACAUUGAUUUAUUGAAUAUAAAUAAAAGAUCAUUUUGGGAA